UAAAAGGAGCUCAUUAGAUUUCAACAAGCACAGCGUUCUUAGUUUUCACACAGUGCAUUUUUAAGAUCAGUGUAUUGUGGAAACGGCGAUGGCUUUUCAGACGAUUUUCGUAUUUGUGGCUGCAGUUUGUCUCGUUUUAUCAGUUAAUGCAGCAGUCACUAUUGGUACAACUGCCUGUACCCUGCCUGCGGGAUCUGAGUGUACCGAUGGCAGCUAUUGCGAAGCCGCGACACUGAAAUGCAAAUGUCCUGCCUACAAGACGGCGACGACUACCAGCUGUACCGAUAAGGCGUGCACAGCUGGGACGGUUGCGGCCGACUGCACGGCUCUGGACUCCAACACGGAAUGUGCGUCGAGCGUAUGUGCGUGCAAAUCUACCCAUCUGCUGGGCUUAGAAGGAAAAUGCUCUCUACCUCUGGGUAAAGUCUGCACCACGGCUGGAUCAGAGUGUUCCUCUGUGGCAAACAGCCUUUGCGACGCCGCGGCACUAACAUGCAAGUGUCCUGCGUAUAUGACGACAUCGACCACCGCCUGUACCGCAAAAACGUGCACAGUUGCGGCCGACUGCACGGCUCUGGACUCCAACUCGGAAUGUGCUGGAAAUCCGCUCGUAUGUGCGUGCAAAUCUACCCAUCUGCUGGGCUUGGAAGGAAAAUGCUCUCUUAAAUGCGCCGCCGAUACAACCUGUACAGCUGCUGAUGCCAACUCAAUGUGUACUGGAACCACCGAUGGCACAGACAGAUGCAAAUGUAAGACCGGGUAUAGCCUCGGGAGUGACGGAAAAUGUACAACUCUGGGUAAAGUCUGCACCACGGCUGGAUCGGAGUGUGCCUCUUUAACAAACAGCUAUUGCGACGCCGCGGCACUAACAUGCAAGUGUCCUGCGUAUAUGACGUCAGGGACCUCCACCUGUACCGCAAAAACGUGCACAGUUGCGACGGUUGCGGCCGACUGCACGGCUCUGGACUCCAACUCGGAAUGUGCUGGAACGAGCGCGCUCGCAUGUGCGUGCAAAUCUACCCAUCUGCUGGGCAACGAAGGGAAAUGCUCCCUAAAAUGCCAAGCCGACGCAACGUGUACAGCUAACGAUGCCAACUCGAAAUGUUCCGGCACCGCUACAACAGACAAAUGCCAGUGCAACACUGGGUAUAAACUCGGGACUGAUGGAAAAUGUGCUAAAUCCAACGCAGCUGGUGUUUUCGCAUCGAUGGCCCUUCUUCUGAUCUGUUUUCUGACAACAAAGUUCUAAAUGAAACGGACGCCACACACACAAAACUACUGUUACAUUUCAACAGAAUUGCUUCUUAAAAUAAUCUUCAUUAUUACUCCUGAUCUUAAAAUGAAAUAUUGUAACGGGUAGGCUAAAUCGAGCGUAUUAAAAAUGUACGUAUCGUUCUUAAACUAAGUGUAUAACCUGUUAAUUAUAGAAGAUUCACAAAGUAUACAAACAUAUUAAUAUAAAUGUAUUUACUGUCAAUGACUAUCUUGUAUUUACUGUCAAUGACUAUCUUAAUAAUAAAUAACUGAAUUUUUCUGUUUUGGUCCACUAUAUGUUUUAAACAAGUUUAAUGUGUAAAUAUCAGAUGAAUGUCCGUUUAGAUCAGUCAUGCAAAUCUAUGUCGUACAAAUAAUAUAGUGUCUUAAACUUAAAAACAAAUAAUCAAAAUAUCGUAAAGACGUUAAUAUAUAUUGUCCUGUUUGUUUGAAGUGUGUUUUAUUUUGAUUACUGUUUUUUGUUGCAAAGCAUGUUGCCGUAUAAGAUGUGUAAACAAUAGUUCAAUGUUUAACACUGAAAUGUUACAAUCAAAAUAUCAAAGUAUUGCAAUUUUGUCAACAGGUUUCACAUCCUUGCAAAACCACUACUUUUCAUUGCAAACUGUCGAAAAUGGAAAAUGAAUUAAAAUUAUAAUAGUAACUACACGAGUCAACUACCAAACAUUAAAAUCAAAUAAAAUGUUUAUGUGUGAGGAAACUAAACCAUAUCUUGCUUGGGAUAUUCUGUGACUAAUGUACUUGAUAUUAGUUUUAUGGCCUGAAUAGUAUGUUUACAUCUGUAAAACAGGCCUAUAUGAUCUUGCAAGUAUGGUUUGUAUGAUCACAUGAACAUCUUUUUACGUUCAACUGAAAACUGGAUGCUUAAUUUGAUUUUUGUUUGCAUUUUACUAUGUUUAACAUAUUGGUUAGGCAAUGUCUUCUUCUUAUCUUUGCUUUUUUGUUUGCUGUGUAUUUAAUAAACUUGUAUCAAUGAA